UAAACAUUACAGUAACCGCCACGGCGUCGCGUCGAACGAACGUAAAAUGUUCUUCGAAAGUUUUCUCAUCAAUCUGUCAGUUAUCGUAGUUCUUAUUAUUGCGUUAAUAUUUGACUAUGUGACCAAGUUCUUCAGCUAUUGGUACGUGAGGCAUAUCCCUUACAAACCUUCCAUCCCUUUCAUUGGAAGCGAUUACCAUAGAAUCUUUGCGUUAUCAACCGGCACGGACGAUGUCAACAAACUUUACGCGAGAUAUCCGAAUCACAAAUUCGUCGGGCGCGUCAAAAGCAGAAUGCCGGACCUGAUAGUGAAAGAUCCAGAUGCCAUAAAGAGGAUACUGUCAACAGAUUUCGCAUAUUUCCACAGCAGAGGUUUGAGCUUGUUCAAAUCUCAGGAUGUUUGUAUACGUAACAAUUUGUUCUAUGCUGAUGGCGAAAAAUGGACUCUAUUGCGACAAGGUGUCGAUUCCUUGUUGAAUAAAAUGGAAUUUGAAUUUGACUUGCAUACAUGUUUGCUGGGAACAAAUGGAGAUACGAAUGUGCAACAACUAUUGUGCAAAGUCCUGGACUGUGUCUUCAGCGAAUUACUAAUCGGUGAUGGGUCUGCUGUAAAUGAAAUUAGAUUAAUUAUCUGUAAACGCACUUAUGCUGAGAAGUUCAAGAGCUACUUGAAGAAUAUAUUUCCAUCUUUAUACAUACUUUUCGGUAUGACAACGAUGCCAGAGCCCUCAAAUAAGGUAGUUAAAGAAUUAAAAAAUAGUAAACUUAUAAAUUACAUAAAGAAAGUCGGAAACAUGCACCAAUUAGGACUGAGAGACAAAAACAACAGAGUUUCCGAAACAGAAUUUGCUUUUACAACUUUAAGUCUAUUUAUAACUGAAGGCUACAUUCCAUGUUUGACGUUGUUAACAGCUUUAUUUUAUGAGUUAGCUCUGAACGAAACGGUUCAAGAGAAAGCAAGAAAUUCUGUGUCGAAAGACGGUAGAGAGGAUUAUUUAGAGAUGACUAUCAAGGAAGCCUUGAGAUUACAUCCUCCUUACUCCAUCAUAACAAGACAAUGCAUGAAGACAUACCAGUACCCUGAUAGUAAUUUAUUAAUAGACAAAAGGAUAACAGUGAACAUCCCAGUAGAAGCAAUACAUAAAGACGAGGAGCAUUACAAAAGAGCUGAUGAAUUUAAUCCAGAUAGAUUUUUGGACGACGACAGCACUUCGAAGCAUUGUUACGCUUAUUUACCAUUUGGUGCUGGACCAAGGAAAUGUAUAGGUGAACAGCUAGCCCUCCAGAUUGUAAAAACUGUGACCAGAACAAUAUUGGACCAGUACAUAUUAGAACCAUGCGCUGAAACACCAUCCAUUUUGCCAGUCACAGAUUACAAUUUCGGACGAUGUAUCGACAAAGAUGUUAGGCUGCGAUUUGUGCCCAGAACAAAUAUGAACUAGCGACAUCUUGUGAGUGCAAAAUGUAAUUAAAUUUUAAGUAAUUAUGUCUGAUUUAUUUUGUAUAUGGGUAUUGUUUUUGUAUUCGAUAUUAUUGUGUUAGAUAUUAUGUGACGUCAGUAGAAUAAAUAAAACGUGAAAAAUAA